AUGGCAUUGCAAGAAGAUAAACCCUAUUAUACAAAUGAUGAGCCAUUUGAUUGCAUAGUUUGCUUGGAUACGAUUUCUAAAGAUGAUGGGAUUCGAUUCCGGAAUUGUCUCCAUCUAUUAUGCAAAUCGUGUCUAUUACGAUUGAUCGAAACAAGCGACGAACCAUCAAUCAAAUGUCCACAUGACAAUUGUACAGAAUUGAUAGAAGAAAGGGAACUUCGGGGUGUUGUGAACGAUUUGAAAGUUGAUCAAAAAGUACUCGAUCGUCUCCAUAACGUUAGCGUGCGGUUUGCUGAAAGUCGAAAUAAAACAUUUCAUUGUAUCACACCUGAUUGUACACAUUGGUGGUUCAUAGAACCAGAGCAAGAUAAUAAUAUCAUCUUCUGUGAUGGAUGUCAGCAUUGGAUUUGUUUAGCGUGUUCAGUGAUACACGAAGGACAAACCUGUGCGUUUCAUAGGAGUUUUACAAUAGUUGAUUUCUUUAUUGAAUAUGUAGGUCGUGAGUAUCAAGAAGAGAAGAAAUUACAACAAGCAAACGAGGAUAAUCUACGUAAUGAUACAGCACAUCUCGAAGCCAUGAUUAAAAAUAAAGAAGCCAUGUAUUGUCCUGGCUGUCGUGUCAUCAUCCAGAAGAUGUCUGGUUGUGACUGGAUUCAGUGCAGUCAAUGCAAAAUGGAGAUUUGUUGGCCAACACAAGGUCCUCGUUGGGGUCCUAAAGGGCGUGGUGAUACUUCCGGGGGAUGCCGAUGUCGAGACGAUUGCACCUACUCGUGUUCAUACUCAACAACCAGCAUCAGCUUUCGGCCGUCCGAUCAGCAACAGUUUUGGCUUGUUACCGACAACGGUUAUUAUACCGUUCUAACCGAUAUCCGACUCCUGACGAGAUAUCAAGAAUACGUGUGCUGUGCAGGAUGUUCGGAACCUUCUCAUACGGAUUCAGCGAUCUUCUUGCACGAUAUUGAUCAAAUGCGAGAAUGUCGGGGUGAACAGCCGACGUUUUUCUUUCUUCUAUGGAUCACACUAAUCUGCGCUUGGCCUUGCUACGCCGUACGCCGAGUCUUCUGUCCGAAACCAAAAUGUCUAGAAGUAUUCGGAUCAUUUGGUUCGGAAGUUAUACGAAUUAAGAAAGAAGACAUGCCUGUCGCUCAAGUCGACAUAUCAACAGCGGUGAUCAAUACAAAAUUAGUUGGCCGAUCUUAA